AUGGUCAGCCUGAGGCCUCAGAAGAAGCGUCUGCGCUCCAGGCCGCACGGAGAGGGGCUUUGCGCUGGAGGUGGAUCUGAGGACCGCAAGGCAGGGGCCGCAGCUCUCGGGACGCAGCCAGACCCCAGGGCUCCCAGCGGCACGGGGGAGCCCUCUCAACCUGCCCCGACGCGGAAUCCAAACAGAGACUCAAACUGCUGUGAUGUGAGCCAACAGACGCCCACCUUCUGCUGCAGGUCGGAGGCGGCGAACAAUGCCAGCGGGCGGCCCGCGCUCUGCGGUGGCCUCACCGCGGGGACCUCUCCUCCCAGGGAGCGGGGACGAGAGCCCUCCUCCCCCACCCCGGCUCGACCCCCUCAGGAAACCCUCCCCGACCGCUUCCCGGGCGCCCGCCACACGCCGGACGCGCGGCAGCCUCGUCCACCCCCGAAGGCGGCGAGACGGGCAGCGCGGAGGACUCAGGGGAGGCAGGAGCGGGCGUGGGGCGGCGCUGGCCGCAGGGCUGGAGCCGGACAGCGCGCCCACUUGUCCAGGAAGCAGAGUUUAAACUUGAGCCCCUUAAAGGCAGCACCCUUUGACCUGAGGCUGCGUCCCCCCCCUUCCUGCUGUGGACAGACUGUUUGCUCUGUAAGAUGUGGGCUGGAAGGUGGUGGCAUGCGUCAACGUCCUUUCCGUCAGAUACAUACGUGCCGGUCCCCAAAGUCCAGAACAGCGGGGCUGGGUCUGCGCGUCUGCGGGGAGGCACAGAACAGCAGCCAAAAGCUGGGCUCCAGCGUGACAGACGGACAGCUGGACGGACGUGGUGCCUCCAGAUGUCUGGAGGGUCGAGGGGCGGCCCUGCCUAGGAUCUGCGAGUCGGGAAGCCCACGCACGGCCCAGCUGUUUUCACGCGGAGCCCCUGAGGGGCAGUGCCCCGGGGACACCCCUGCGUGUACCUGCCCUCCUGCAACCCCUCCCCCGCCGGGUUGCCAGCCUUGUGUCGCACACCUGUGGGCAGCCUCGCCCCGCGGCCUGCGUCCCAGCCCUGAGCUCCGUCAGCACUGUCUGAUCAGGACCCUGGGACCCCAGGCGAGCCCCUCGGCCAGAGCUGCCGUCAGCGUGCAGCGGGUCCUCAGCCACAGGGGCUCGGGUGGCGCCCCGGGCCCUCCCGAGGGGCCUCAGGGCUCAGGCGGGAGGGAGACCCGUGAGCGUCUCAGGCAUCGUGGCAGCCCGGACCUGCCCAGCUCCUCGGCUCCGCCCCCCACGCCCCGGUCUCCCGGAGAUGGUCGCUGGGAGGGGGUGGCCACGGGGCCUCUGGCGGGAGCGGGAUCGUGGGGCCGCCUGCCCUUUUACAUCGGCCUUCCCGCUGCCUCUGUGCGGAUUUACCAGCAGCGCGCGGGUGUCCGCGCCUCGCUGCGCCAUUUCGUGGCGGCGAUAACCGUGAGACAGCUCUGUGCUCUGCUCCCAGGGUUCCAGAGCCGGCGGGGCCGCCCUGGGCCCCCCGCGCGGGCCAGCGGGCAUCCGGCCCCGCCCGGUUUUGUUCUCGGCAGCCUGGGAGCCCGCCGGGCAGGACACGGGCUCGUCGCCGUCAUCCAAGCCGCCCCGACGUCUCCCUCCGACGGUACCCCCACCCCGAAGGCCUCCAUGUCCGGAGCUGAGUGCCGGCACGUCCCCCCCAAGGCUGCCCCUUCCCGGGGCCCCCACCCGUGUAGUUCUCGUCCCGAGCAGCUCUCCGUGUCCACCCCGCCCCCGUCCCCACCGCCCUGGGCCAAGGGUCCAGCCCCGUCCAAAGGGGCCUCCCACGCCCUCUCACCACUCACCAUGCGCACGGGGGCCUCUCCGCUGGGCCCGCCGCCCUCCCCCAACCCCCCCCCCACCCCCAGGCCUGGCCUCCUGGGCCGCAGCCUGCAGGGCCGCCCGCCCCCGCUCCCUGCCCCUCGGGCCCCCCACCCCCGCGUGGCUACGCCCUCUCGAGCACAGGCCCCUGGCUGCCCCUCAGGGAGAGCCUGCCCUCCACGGCCUGGUCCCCGGGCCCUGCUCCGCUCCCGCAGCGGACCAACCGUGGCUGCAGGAAACACCGUCCGGCAGCCCCCUCUCAACGUGGUCAGGCCCAAGUCAUCCCUCGGGGUGGACGCCAUGCUCCUGCGAGGGGAGCCCCACGCUCCCACCCUGACGUGUCUCGCCUUCACCUCGCACUUACCCGUCUGUCCCGAGCUGGGAGCUCGGCUCCCUCCGAGCCCCGCCCACCCCCCUCUCGGUUGCCCCCCCGCCCCCGGCCCCAUCCUCACGGGGACCCCUCGCUCUCUCGGGGCGGCCCGCGGGCCCUACCGCAGCCCUUGCCGGCUUCUCGCUGCCUCCUCUGCUGCCCCCCCAGGCAUCUCGGUGACACUUCCCUGCCUCUGGAGACCAAUUACCCGGGCGGAGGGGACGAGCGGGCCCAGUGGCCUCGUUAACGCGGCCCCCGUGGGAGGGGCCCAGCAGGGGCGGCUGGUCCAGGGCCCGGGGGCCUGGAGGUGCAGCGGGAGCCUGGCCGCGCCCGGGCCCCCAGGGCCCCGGCAGCCCCCGAGGCCCAGGACGCGCCCGGCCCAGCGCAACGGGGCCGCCGGCCGCAGGCCAGAGCUGCCUGGGCUUGCGGGGCGCGGAGGGCCCCCGGCCUGCAGGCUGGGCUCGGCCCCCGCCUCCCCUGCCGUGGCCCAGGCUGACACGCGGGGCUUCUGCACGGCUCCGCUCCCGGCCUUGGGGAGGCAGCCGCUCAGACUCAGUCACGUCAAGGCCAAGCUACAGGCUGGCUCUGCAGCAACUUCCCGAGCGGCCACGGACCCCCCGGAGGCUCCCCAGACCUCCCGCGGCAGGGCCCAGGGUCAGCGCCCAGAGCCAGAGGAGCCCGGGGCCUGGCCUCCCGUCCCCCGGCCCCCGCCCCCUAGCGGCACCGCGCAGGGGCUGGCUCUGACGCCCCAAGACGCCGCCUCUCUGUCCCCCUCCAGGCAGCAGGGGCCACAGACAGGCGUCGGUGGUCAGAGGUGGCACGGUUCCAGGACCCUCCCCUGUCUCAGGGCAGCUGCUCCCCAAAGUGCGCCCAGAAAGUUGAGUGGGGCCUCGCCCACCGCACACCUGGCUCCCUGCCCUCCUCACUCCCCGGGGGGCACCCCACCAGACCCCAGGCCCCUUCUCCGCCGGCCCCCAGCACCCCUGCCCCACGGCCACACCUGA